GCCGCUCACUUUCUCUCUCACUUUUCUCCAAUUCCUCUUUCCCUUGGACUUUUUCUCUGAUCUUCAUGGAAAUGGAGGAUCAUCACCACCAUCAGUAUGGAAUUCCAGAUCUCAGGCAACUCAUCAGCGGAAGACCUACAACCCACCAUUUCCAACAGAUUCCACAACCGCCCGACAUCUUCUCCGGUCACCGGAAUCUUCCUCCCCAACCCCAUCACCACCACCACCACCACUUUGACAUGAUGCAAAUGGUGAAUACUCGUCAACUGACCGACUUGCUCACUCGUGGGUUGCAUGAGUUUCCUGCAGAUUCCAGUGCCAACGCAGCCACUGCUGCUGCUGUUGCUGUUACGAGUACUUCUACUCCUAGUAGUGUAAGUGGGUUUGACGGCGAUGGUGGUGGGUUUGGUACUGGUGAUGGUGGGACUGGAAGAUGGCCGAGGCAGGAGACUUUAACCCUUCUUGAGAUCAGAUCUCGUCUUGAUCCCAAGUUCAAGGAGGCUAAUCAAAAGGGUCCUUUGUGGGAUGAAGUAUCAAGAAUCAUGUCGGAGGAACAUGGGUACCAGAGGAGUGGAAAGAAGUGCAGGGAGAAGUUUGAGAACUUGUACAAGUAUUAUAAGAAGACUAAGGAAGGGAAGGCCGGAAGACAAGAUGGCAAGCAUUAUAGAUUCUUCCGGCAGCUUGAAGCUCUCUGUGGAGACAGCACCAGCAGCUCAGUUCCGGUGCCGGAUUCUCCCCUCAUCCGAACAAAUUUCAGGUUUCAUGGUAAUCCAAACACCGGCAGUGCUAAUCAAGAGGGUUAUAAUUCUCAAAAGCUCUGUGACAGUCUUAGCCUCUCUAAUAAUUCCUCCGAGUUCGAGACUUCUUCUUCCGAUGGCAAUGAUCUGAGCACUGGGGUGGCAUUGGGGAAUGAUUCAAGGAAGAAGAAAAGAGGUGGGAGGAGCUGGAAGGCGAAGAUAAAAGAGUUCAUCGACGCACAAAUGAAGAAGCUAAUGGAGAGGCAAGAAGCAUGGUUGGAGAAAUUGACAAAGACUCUUGAGCAGAAGGAACAAGAGAGGAUUUUAAGAGAGGAAGAAUGGAGGAAACAAGAAGCAGAGAGAAUAGAUAGAGAGCACAAGUUUUGGGCUAAGGAACGAGCAUGGAUUGAAGCUCGAGAUGCUGCUUUGAUGGAGGCAUUGCAAACUUUGAACGGAAGACAUGUUAAGGCCUCGUCACCAGAGGAGCUGAUGGUGGGGGAAAUACAAAACCAUAGUGAAAACCAGAAUGAGAAUGGAAGUGAUCAGACAAUGAACAAUUCCGUGAAGGAUGAUGGAUGGGGGGAAGAUGAGAUUUCGAGGCUAAUACAAUUGAGAAGCAGCAUGGAACCAAGGUUUCAGGAUGGUGGGUGUUCGGAGGAGAUUCUGUGGGAGGAGAUAGCUUCGAAGUUGGCUUGUUUAGGCUAUGAGAAGAGUGGUUUAAUGUGUAAAGAGAAAUGGGAUGGGAUCAACAGCUUCCUGAGGAAGAAGAAACGGAAAGAGAAUUCGAGAAGCUGUAGUACAUAUUAUCAGAACAAUGAGGCUGUAUACAACACGGGUGGAGGAGGAUACUGUGAAAUCAAUGAACAAGGUGCAUCUUCGCCGUCUAAUUCGAAUGCAGCUGCUAGUGAUAGUUGCUUUAGGUUCUUGAUGGCUGAUGGAGAUCAGAACUUAUGGGAAAAUUAUGGUUUGAAGCUCAACAAGGGAGAGGAAUAAGAGGAAGAAGAGAUUCAAUUGAGGCCUAUUUCUGUUUUCAAAAAGGAAUGCAUGCAUUUUAAUUUUAUAAUAACAAUGAUCAAGGAGCUGAGGCUGAGCUGACUAAUUCAUAGAAAUGUGGUGUUCCUGUGGAUAUGUUAGGAAAUCCAAAUGAAUGGUGAAAAAAUAAGGGUUUGAUGGAAGGGGGAAACAGUUGUAGUGCUGCUCUUGAAGGUUAGGAGCCUUUUCUGAAAUCUCUUGUCCUAAGCAAUUUUAUUAUGGUAGUUCCUAGUACAUUCUGCUAUGAUAAGAUACAAUGAGUUUAUAUAUGCAUGCAUGUUAUGAAUAC